GGUGGUGGCGGCGGUGGAUGCGGUCGGUGUCGGGGUUGGACCGACUUCCGGAUUGGGCAGCUGAGCUUUCGGAUUCUAUUCACAAGGUUGUGCUUUCAUGUGAUAGUGAUUCUCAUCCUAUCGAGUUGGGAAGUGCUCGUGGUGGGAAGCAGAAUGGCAGUCCGUUUCCGUCGGAACUUUUAUCCAGAGUGCCACUCUCUGAUCAACUUAUCUUAAACUCUUACCAACCAGGUGAGACUGACUUCAUGUCUGUGCAUUUUAGUCCAGUUGAAGGAACAAGUGGGGGCUUUCUAGAGGAUCAGGGAAAGGAUCCAGUGACGACCAAGAUUCCUGUUUAUCUUACACCAGGAUCCCUGAUUCUAAUGUCAGGAGAAGCACGCUACCAAUGGAAGCACGAGAUCAACCGCAAACCUGGAUUUCAGAAGUGGCAAGGAGAGGAGCUAAAUCAGAAGAAGAGAAUCUCCAUUACUCUGAGGAAGCUUUGCCAGGUUGAGUAGCACAUUAACCGGGCAGACUAGUUUUCUUUAUUCCAGUUUUUACUAGUGACCAACAAUAUCGGUAGUAGAAGUAAGCUUAUGUCGGUGCAGAGGAAACCUACACCUCGAUCACACUGGUGUGUGAUAAUUGUCUGCUAGAGUGAAAUGAUAAUUCCAUUGAUUAUAUAUACACAUACGCAUUUUUACUACUUUGUUGAACAAUGGGAACAUUUUCUCCAUGCCGGAAUAUACCGGCUCUAUAGAGGAGAUGAUGCUUUUAUAGUGGUCAUCUCAUCAAUGUGAUAUGUGGG